AUGUCGCUCGUCCAAAAAGAAUUCAGCACUCUACCCACCCAUCCUGCGAUCGGCACAGCUCCCAUCUCACCGCCGUGCGAGGGUCAGUGGUACUCGAUCGGCCCCAAGAUAUGGGAGCUGCUCCUAAACGGCGAGACAAACUCAGACCAGAAAUCCGUCCUGCAGUGGUACGAACCAGGUGCCGUAUCGGUCACUAACGAAAUCAUCACCCACACAUACAUCGAAGAGGUCUGUUUCCUUGAAGGGGGGCUCGAAGACGUCACGUUGGGACAGGCCUGGGGCCAGGGAGCAUACGCGUACAGAUUACCGGGGAUGAAGCAUGGUCCUUAUAAAGCUUCUCCUCAAGGCUGUCUGCAGUUUGUCAAGUUAUUGCCGGCCUCCUAA